GGGGCCAGGUGCUGUACUGUAGCAGCUGCGCGGCGCUGAAGCAGCAGGGGUGCAGCGCGGUGUUCCUCCCGGACGGCUGCGUGGUUUGCUGGCACAUGAGCAAAGCGACGGAGGAGCUCAUCGUGGAGCUCGCUGCCUCCUGCCCCGACCAGCGGAGGAGGUGGAAGCCAUCUAUCUACUUUGGUGGGGGUGCGCCGCGGACUUCUGCUGCCACUCAGGCCCGCGAGUCGCUGGGCCUGGCGGCCGUGGUUGUCGCGACGGAGAGGCUGGAGGUGGUCGACGCGCCCGAAGCGGUCAUCUCCGCAGUAGACAAGGAGGACGGCCGCGUGAGACUGACGCGCGACCCCUGGGCGCGCGCCUCGCACCAGUGCGGCCUCUCGCUGGGGCUCGCCGUGGCCGUGCGGCUCGACGCGCUGGAACGGCGGAUCGAGCCCAGGCUGGAGUCCACCUGGCGGGACAUGCACACCACCAGCCUCCCGCACUGGAACCUGAGCACCAUCUCCCACAAGAUCUUCGAGACGGAGAAGGGCCUGCACGACGUGCGCUUUGAGCUGAACUCGGAGGCUGGUCUGCUGGAUGCCCCAGACCUGCUGUGGGAGCAGGCGCUCGCGGAGCGGCUGUACGACCAGGUGGUGGCCCACUUCGACGUGCGGCGCCGCACCUCGCUGCUCAACGAGCGACUGAGCCACUCGAUGGACUACCUGCAGAUGCUGAGCGAGCACGUCAGGCACAAGUACUCUCGGGCGGGCGGUGACGGGGGGUGACCUGAAUGGGCGGUGAAGACAAGGGCCCUCAAGAGGCCCUUCUCUUCAUCCCCCCUGCAGGUCAUCCCCCAUUACCACCGUCCCGAUACUCGGUGCGCCUCGAGCGUAUCAUUAUCGUCCUCAUCUUCCUGGACGGGCGUGUGGGCCGACGCGCGGCGGGCCGCGCAGGGGGGAGAUGCGACGGCACAAGGGCCCAUGACCGUUUUGUGUGUGUGAGAGAGAGAGAGAGAGUUUGCUCCCGACGUCAUCGCCGUUCGUCGUUGUCGUCGUCGUCGUCGUCGUCGUCGACGUCCUCGACGUCGUCUUCGUCCUCGUCCUCGUUCGCGUGGCUUGGGAACGGCCAUCUGUCAGGCAGCUCGACCGUUUCGGAUCGCUCGUCGUGCCCUGCGAGAUCGGAGAGGCCCCGGGCCCGCGCCCGCCCCUGGGGCACCAAGAUUGGCAAGAUGGUGCUGGGAAGGCC